UUGGUGAAGGAAAUUGCAGAUUGAGAUUCACAUUGAGAAUCCUUCCAAUGAAAACACAAAACCUAAGAAUAAAAACACAAAGCGGCCAUAAUUAGUUUAGCUUUGUGCUACAAACUUUCUUUCAUUUCCAUUUUCGAAUCCUCUGGCUUCUGACAAAACCAAAACCCCAGCACUUGAAAAUGGAAGAAGACGAGAGAAGAAUCCUCGAGAGGGAGAUGUACCAAAUCGAGCAGAUUCGCCAGCUCGAUCUAGAGGAGUUGCAGAUCGAAGAGGUCGAUGAUCUCUCUUCUGACGACGACCGUAACCCUACCACUGACAGUUUUCUGUCCAUGCUGUUUGGAAUGCACUAGUGGUGGCUAUGGCGGCGUGAUCUUAAUCGGUGAAAUUACUUACGAUACCUGUAUGCCAUCCUUACAUACUUAUCUGGGUGAUUCUGAAGAGAAACACCACAGGGCAGCUUUCUUGGAUGGUGGUGCUGUAUUGAACCUUCCUCUUUUCUGCCUGGACGGAGUUGUACUCUUUCCUGGGGCUACUCUUCCCCUGAGAGUUAUUGGAUCCAAUUUUGUGGCUGCUAUUGAGAGAGCUUUGAAUCAAGUCAACGUUCCUUACACCAUUGCUGUGAUUCAAGUUCGCGGUGAUCCUGCAAAUCAUAGGAUGAACUCAGCAGGCACUGGGACAACUGCAGAGAUUCGACAAUAUGGGCGUCUAGAGGAUGGUUCACUGAAUGUGGUUACCUGCGGACAGCAGCGCUUUCGCCUAAGAAGGUGUUGGAUUGAUGUGGAAGGAGUGACUUGUGGAGAAAUCCAAAUUAUUGAGGAAGACAUACCAUCGAGAACUCCAAGGGGUGCUUUUGGAAAAUUAACACGGGUAAGUAAUCUGCCCCGUAGCCAUGCCACCUCAAGUGUGUUGCCUUCAAGGUAUUCACCUGUUAAAGUACGUGGGUCUGAAAAUGGGGAAUAUGAUUCAGAAGAGAGCUUUGAGAGUGAACUUUCUCUAAAGGAAAGGAGAAUCCACCAAUCAAUCAUUUGUUCCAGUUAUGAGCAUGACUUGGAUGAAUCAUCAAGCAGUGGUGAUGAUAAAUUCGCGUACGAGUCAGAUCAGGAAAUUAGAUCCAACCUAAAGGACUCUUACAUCUUAAGAUCAUUGCUAUCUGACCAUGGAAAAGAUGCUGAGAAUCUGGAUUCAAGAAUUGGGAACUGUUCCACUUCUGGAAAACAGUUCUCCGUAGGGAAAGAGCUUAGUAGGUGUUAUAAAAAUAUAGAUGCCUACUCAUCACAUAGAAUUUCAAGAGCAUUCUGGCCCCAUUGGGUAUAUCGUAUGUUUGACUCCUAUUGCCUUGCACAAAGGGCUGCAGAUAUGUGGAAACAAAUUGUUGGGGUGCCAAGCAUGGAUGCUCUUGCUAAGAAGCCUGAUGUUUUAUCAUUUUAUAUUGCCAGUAAAAUACCUGUUUCUGUAUCUACAAAGCAGGAGCUUUUGGAUAUUGAUGGCAUCUCACAUAGGUUGCGCAGGGAAAUUGAAUUACUAGAGAACAUUGCUCUUAUUCGAUGUAAAAGCUGCCAGACUACAAUUGCAAAGCGAAGUGAUAUGUUGGUGAUGUCUAGUGAGGGUCCUCUUGGUGCUUCUGUGAAUCCAAGUGGUUAUGUGCAUGAGAUAAUGACUCUUUUCAAGACAAAUGGAUUAGCUCUUACUGGGCCAGCAGUUACAAAAUACAGUUGGUUUCCUGGGUACCAAAGGACAAUCGCUAACUGUGCCACAUGUGAAACCCAAAUGGGGUGGUUUUUUACAGCCAAGAACGAAAAACUGAAACCCAGGUCAUUUUGGGGGAUACGUAAUUGUCGAGUUGCAGAAGAAAUGCGCUAAGACCUUCAUGGGUAGUAGCCACCUAGUUAUGAGUUUGAUCUGUAUACAAUCACCCAUCUUCAGCUUUAUGUGGAAAUCCAUAUUCAUGUUGUACGGUCAAUGAUGAUAUAUGUAUUGCUUGCCUUUCACAGAACUUGCAAAAACUUAAAAAUACUUAAGGUAAUCUAAGAUGCAACAUUUUUUGUAACUCCUGUAGUUAUGGUGUUUUCACAUUUUAGAUUAUGGAUUAUA